CUUUGAUCUUACAAAAAUGAUUCCGACGGCCGUUGCCUCGUGCGGCGACAACAACCCGGAUUGUCAAUUUGACGAUGCAAGUUUAAGUUCCAGGGGCUUGGGGCUAUAAAUACUUAAAGGAAAGCAGCGCUGCGAUGGCUUUCCUGCGCGAUGAUGGACAUUUCCCCCACAAACCACAUUCUUGCUGCCGCAAUCUGCGCUACUGUUCCCGCGGUCGUGCUCAAGCUGUGCAAGCCAUCAAACCUUGACCACAUUCCAUCCUUUGGAUACUCAUCCUGGCUCGGGUCCUUCAUUUCCUCAUUCAAGUACGUGGGCAAUGCUGUUCAGAUCUUGCAGGAGGGACGUGCUAAGUACAAGGAAACGCCUUUCAAAAAGUCUACAGAAGACGAGCUAUCUCUGAUAGAGGCAGCAAAUGAAACUGCCAAGGUCGACCACCUGAUUGGCCGUGAGAUCAGCUCUACUCCCUACCACGUUUCCGUUGCGCGGAUACAUCUCACCCGUAAUAUUGGUCUUUACUACCCCGACUUAAAAGACGAGGUACACACUGCAUUUGAAGAGUUACUCGACCUCAAGGAAAAUGCGUGGAAGAGCGUCCCGGCGAUGGACACCAUGCGCGAGAUCGUGUGCAGAGCCAGUAACAGGGUCUUUGUCGGCCUACCGCUUUGUCGGGAUCCUGACUGGAUCGAUCUAAACUCUCGAUUUGCGGUCGACGUGGCUACAGAUGCAAAUAUCUUGAACAUGUUCCCUAAAUUUCUGGUACCCUUUGUGUCAAAAAUAUUACCUAAUACUGCGGCAGGUAUCGAACGCGCCAUAAAACAUCUCGACCCGAUUAUCAAAGAUCGCCUCAGGUGUAUGAAAGAGCACGGGGACGAGUGGAGUAACAAACCCAACGACAUUCUACAGUGGUUGAUAGAUGAGAAACAAGAGUCUACGACCAAGAAGUUGACCUUGCGUGUAUUGACGAUCAACUUUGCCUCAAUACAUUCGACCUCGAACACUUUCACACAAGCAUUGUACAACCUGGCAGCCUAUCCGCAAUAUGUAGGGCCCCUUCGUGAGGAAGUUGACGCAAUCAUUAGGGAACAUGGGUGGACGAAGGAGGCGAUCGCAAUGAUGCGCAAAGUUGACAGUUUUCUGGCGGAGACUCAGCGCCUCGAAAAUGUCCUCUCAGCCAGCGUGCAAAGAAAAGCGAUGAAAGAUUUGACUCUGUCAGAUGGAACUUUCAUACCGAAGGGGACUUACCUGUCUGUUCCGACGUAUCUCAUGCAUCGCGAUAGUACUGUCUAUGAAAAUCCCGGAGGUUUCGAUCCAUUUCGAUUCUACCAACUUCGCGUCGAUGGGAACGAAAGCGGGAGACAUCAGAUGGUGGCAGUGAAUCAGGACUACUUCCCCUUCGGAUAUGGGAAGCACGCAUGCCCUGGGAGGUUCCUGGCAGCCAAUGAACUGAAAACUAUGCUUGCUUAUAUCCUCACGAUGUAUGAUGUCAAGUUCGAGGAUAACGUCUCCAGACCAGCGAGUAUCCACUGGGACUUAAAUGUCAUAGCAGAUCCCACUGUUAGGGUUAUGUUCCGGAAGAGAGUCGAUAGCUGA